AUGGAAUCGACGCCGAUCUGUCGGUGCCGCGUGCUGUACCUCGGCUCUGCCGUGCCGCAGCAGAGCAAGGACGGCCUACAGGGCAUUCAGGAACCUUUGCGCGAGUUGUAUCCGGAAAAGGGGGCGACUACCGGCGGAAUAGACUCGUGGCUGUCGGUUUGGUCAAACGGAAUCUUGCUAGAAAACGUGGACGAGAGUGGCUCGAGGGUAUCGCGAUUUUUUCCUAUAUCAAGUCUGCACUAUUGCGCAGCUGUGAGACGUGUCAGUGUUGAGGGUGCACCUAGAUUUUUACCUUUGGAUUCUCCUUUCGCUAGAGCGCCGGCGCCGAGACGCCCUCCACUAUUCGCAGCGGUGUUGCGUCGUACACAAGGCAUUAAGGUGUUGGAAUGUCACGCCUUUAUCUGUCGUCGCGAAGCGGCCGCAAAUGCCCUUGUGCGAUGCUGUUUCCAUGCGUAUGCCGAUAGUUCAUAUGCGAAACGAUUAGAAGCUGAGAGGUCUCCGUCACAGCUACCACCUGAGCCUGAUGAGGAGGUUGAAGUUUUCGACGGAGACGAAAAUCAUAAAGUAUGGGUUGGGGAGAUAGAACGCGACGAUGCGAGUGAUGAUGUUCCUCAUCCAACGCGGGUCCCGCGUCCUCGGCAGAUCACACGACCCGCGUCUGUUCCACCUCCGCCGCCGCCUCCUGAGGAGCCAAAAAAGAAAUCUAUUACAAAGAAAUCAAAAAAGAAGUCUUCGGCAUCAGCAGAUGAGUUAUAUGCAACGAUGCCUGGUCCAGCUGUAAUGAAUGGAAGGUCUUUAGGGCGCGCACCGCCCGCCUGGGCGGCGGCGGGUCACCCGAUGGUUCUGGUGGCACAUCCUGCUGCCACUCUUCCACAUGCUAGACCAGCAACGAUGGGCCACCGGGGUCGUGUCCCGGCAGCUUUAGCUCCUGGUCCUUUUCCGCCGGGACCCCCUCCCGGGAGAGGACGCAUACAGUACGCUACGGUUGACCCGAGACGUUCGAAACCUCCGCCUUCAGCAAUGAAAGCCGCUCAAAGUAUGACAGGCCUCGAAGCUGUCGAGGAUUCUGGCGGUAUUUACAGAAAAAAAGGACAUUUAAACGAACGAGCUUUUUCUUAUAGUAUAAGACAAGAACAUAGGAGUCGAUCGCAUGGAUCUCUCGCCAAUCUAAAAUUCGCUGCUCCACCAGAGGUGGAGACAGGUCGUGAAGAAUUAAAGAAGGAGCGAGAGAUCAUGCAGUUGGUGGCUGGGCUGCAACUUAACUCAGAUGACGUCGAACGCCGGGAAGUACCGCCACACAUGAUGCGCGCGAGGCAUGGCCCAAGA